AUGGAACACCAAAAUUUGUCUCUUGUCUGGAAAAGCUUCAUUGAAGCAGCAAGAGUAGGAACGGGAAGACAUGGAAGUCGAAACCACAAAGUUCAAGCAUCCAGAACAGCUCUGAACCUCUCCGACCAGUUAGUUACUAAUAACUACAAUACUGGGGAUUUAUACAAGACAUGGUUAGAAAACAUUAAAAAAGUCACAGCGUUUUUAGAAGCAGAUCUUGUAAUGAUAAAGAGAACUGUCCGAGAUCACUUUUCGAUUCUUCAUUCCGGAGAUCAGGCGGACUUCUCCAUCGACUUCACAGAGAAAACAGGAGGGAUGUCUGUUGGUAUUAUUGCCGACAUCGACUUUUGUGGGAUGGCUUCUCGAUUUUACAUCAAAUCACAUCAGAGAGGGCCGCGACCUUCAUCGAUUUCAGUCGCUAAUCGAUAUGUCAGUAUGAAGCCUCCAUUCAUACAAGAAAUGUUUAAUUAUGAGCUUUCUGCGUUGCUCAAACUUGGGGGUGAAGUUCACUACAUCCUUCCUCAACAUUCGAGUAACAAAAAAGCCAUGUAUAUAGCUACCAAGAGUGUUGAAUUCACACUGGCUAAGGACCUAACACGCGCGACAACAAAUUAUGAGGCUAUGUUUAAAAUUUUUUUCUUGGAAUACAUAUUAAGUUUAGAAGAUGUCUUAACAAAUAGUGGAAAUUAUGGACAGAAAUCUCAAGGGCAACCAGCCGUAAUAGAUUUUUGGUUUAAUGAUAGAGAUAACCAUUUGUUUACGGAUGAGCAAGUUUCUAAUUUUUGGAAUGAUAGUGUUCGCAGUCACUCUCGAUUCAUUUCGGAGGGUGUUCGGAAUAUCCAAAGAGAGAGAAAAAAGCAAAUAAUUCGCAGUUCAGUUGAAGAAUGGAACCUUUUCGAGAUUAUAAAUGAAGCGAAAAUAACUGUAGAACAAUUUAUAUCGAAAAACAAUGAAAAACUUGAAGUUAGCGGGGAUCUCGAUGGAUAUGUUGCGUUUCUGUCAUGUCGAAUGACUUCAAGCUUAGUCGACGAAGCUGGGUGA